GUCAAUCAGCACACGACCAAUGAAAUAUUUUGAAUUUCCUGACGGAUUUAAUACAUCAAUUGGUGCUCUACGAUUUAGCAUACCAGAGAUCUUGUUCGAUCCAAAAUUUAUACCACAGCCUCAGGAUGGAACUCAUUUUGAUACUACUGCGCUAAUGGGUAUACCCCAAAUGAUUUAUCUCAGUAUUAAUAACUGUGACAUUGAUGUUCGACCAAACUUGUGGAAUAACAUUAUCUUGACCGGGGCUACAACAUUAUUACCCGGUUUCGCGGAUCGUGUAAAUCAAGAAUUAUCCAGUAUGGCUCCAGCG